AUGGCUGCCCCUACGCGCGCAUCCCGGAUCCGCAAUCCCGCCCUCUUCAUCUGUGAUAUUCAAGACAAAUUCCGCAAUGGAAUCUACGAAUUCCCCAAACUCGUCGCAACAACAGAAAAGGUGCUCCGAGCAGCCUCAACCCUUCAAAUCCCUGUAUUCAUAACAACCCAAAACCGUGCCAAACUCGGAAAUACCGUACCAGAACUCCAACAACACCUCAAUGGCCCCCACAUCCGAGCAGAUGUAGACAAAACCCUCUUCUCAAUGAUAACCCCGGAGGUCGAGAAGCUGCUCCCAGCCGCAGACUCAGCGCCCCUUGACGUGAUAAUCGUCGGGCUCGAGACGCACAUCUGCGUGACGCAGACAACGCUUGAUCUCCUCGAGCGCGGUCACCGUGUUUACAUCCUCGUUGAUGGCGUGAGUAGCAUUAACCCUGAGGAGAGGGGAAUUGCUCUUGCUAGGUUGAGGGAUGCUGGAGCUAUUGUUACGAGUAGUGAGAGCGUGCUUUUUGAGAUUCUUGGCGAUGCUUCGCAUGAGGCGUUCCGAACUAUCAGUGGGCUUGUUAAGGAGACGAAGGACAGCACAAAGGGAGCUUUGGGGGUUUUCUCGAAGAUUUGA